AUGAGGGCCCUGGACUUGCUGCUACUGCCAUGUUGCUUGUGUAGCCUGUAUGUGGUGGGAGGUAAGUGGGACUUUAGAAACAGUUGUGGAGAAGGUGAGGCAUUGGUCGAUAUAUAGUUGGCCGAAAAUACCUACUUUUUUCCAGUGUUGUCAAGUUGUGUAUAACUUUAUAGUUAACCUGUGCGUGAAAAGCAUAUUCCCCUAACGCCUCAAUCACAGAGACAGUGUCAUUGCGUUUUGGUACACCAGAAGUACAUUCAUUUCCAAUGGAACACUGCGUUUGUCUUGCAGCAUUGCGUUGCAGAGGCAGUUGCAGUGUGUUCUGUGUGGCGCAUAUGUAUGCAUCAAAUGUUAUGCCUCGAUCACACCAACAGCAUAACUGCACAAAAUGGUACACAGCAUCAUCUGGGUAUGUGUUCAACAAAAGUUCAACAUUCGCCUUCUGCUACCAUUUCUGUCAAGCCGUCCAUGCAUACAGUUUACAUAACAUUAGAUAAAUCCAAUUUAUGCACCACACAGAACACACUGCAAUGCAAUGCUGCAAGGCAAACGCAGUGUUCCAUUGGAAAUGAAUGUACUUCUGGUGUAUGAAAAUGCAAUGAGACUGUCGGUGUGAUCAAGGCAUUAGACGUAACAGAAAUAGUAGCAAAAGGUGAAUGUUGAACUUUUGUUGCACACCUAUCCAAUACAAAUGUUGAUUGAUAUUUAUACAUAAUGAAAAAAGUUUGACUGCAGAAUUUAUUACAGCAUUGAUGCAAUUACACUGCUGGUUUGAUCAAGGUGUAAACAUGCACUCUACUAUGUGCAGUUUUGUGCAACUCUAUCAAUCAGUGAGUAGCUAGGUUUCCAUCCAAUUGGCAACAGAUUUUCAUGCAAAUAUUGUAUUCUAGAAUCUGCAUAAAGAAAAUAUGCAAAUUCUCUCACCAGUGGGUUGUUUCCACCAAAUGGACUUGUUGCUGAUAAAAAUCAGUGCUUAAUGAGGUAGUGCACACAAAAUGUACUUUUUCAUGUACCGAACAGAAAUCUAAAGUUUCCAUUGCAUUUCAACUCUACUGAUAGUUUUGUCACAAAAACUGUUGCGUUAAAUAGCAAAUGUGCCUUCUCUGGUCUUGGCAGGUGCGAUCUAGCCAACAGCUGGCAGAUAUAGUGCGGGUAGGCUGUGAAGGGUAGGCUAGUCUACAGUGAGGGAAAAAAGUAUUUGAUCCCCUGCUGAUUUUGUACGUUUGCCCACUAACAAAGACAUGAUCAGUCUAUAAUUUUAAUGGUAGGUUUAUUUUAACAGUGAGAGACAGAAUAACAACAAAAAAAUCCAGAAAAAAACGCAUGUCAAAAAUGUUAUAAAUGUAUUUGCAUUUUAAUGAGGGAAAUAAGUAUUUGACCCCUCUGCAAAACAUGACUUAGUACUUGGUGGCAAAACCCUUGUUGGCAAUCACAGAGUCCAGAUGUUUCUUGUAGUUGGCCACCAGGUUUGCACACAUCUCAGGAGGGAUUCUGUCCCACUCCUCUUUGCAGAUCUUCUCCAAGUCAUUAAGGUUUCGAGGCUGGCGUUUGUCAACUCGAACCUUCAGCUCCCUCCACAGAUUUUCUAUGGGAUUAAGGUCUGGAGACUGGCUAGGCCACUCCAGGACCUUAAUGUGCUUCUUCUUGAGCCACUCCUUUGUUGCCUUGGCCGUGUGUUUUGGGUCAUUGUCAUGCUGGAAUACCCAUCCACGACCCAUUUUCAAUGCCCUGGCUGAGGGAAGGAGGUUCUCACCCAAGAUUUGACGGUACAUGGCCCCGUCCAUCGUCCCUUUGAUGCAGUGACGUUGUCCUGUCCCCUUGGCAGAAAAACACCCCCAAAGCAUAAUGUUUCCACCUCCAUGUUUGACGGUGGGGAUGGUGUUCUUGGGGUCAUAGGCAGCAUUCCUCCUCCUCCAAACACGGCGAGCUGAGUUGAUGCCAAAGAGCUCGAUUUUGUCUCAUCUGACCACAACACUUUCACCCAGUUCUCCUCUGAGUCAUUCAGAUGUUCAUUGGCAAACUUCAGACGGGCCUGUAUAUGUGCUUUCUUGAGCAGGGGGACCUUGCGGGCGCUGCAGGAUUUCAGUCCUUCACGGCGUAGUGUGUUACCAAUCGUUUUUUUGGUGACUAUGGUCCCAGCUGCCUUGAGAUCAUUGACAAGAUCCUCCUGUGUAGUUCUGGGCUGAUUACUCACCGUUCUCAUGAUCAUUGCAACUCCGCGAGGUGAGACCUUGCAUGGAGCCCCAGGCUGAGGGAGAUUGACAGUUCUUUUGUGUUUCUUCCAUUUGCGAAUAAUCGCACCAACUGUUGUCACCUUCUCACCAAGCUGCUUGCCGAUGGUGUUGUAGCCCAUUCCAGCCUUGUGUAGGUCUACAAUCUUGUCCCUGACAUCCUUGGAGAGCUCUUUGGUCUUGGCCAUGGUGGAGAGUUUGGAAUCUGAUUGAUUGAUUGCUUCUGUGGACAGGUGUCUUUUAUACAGGUAACAAACUGAGAUUAGGAGCGCUCCCUUUAAGAGUGUGCUCCUAAACUCAGCUCGUUACCUGUAUAAAAGACACCUGGGAGCCAGAAAUCUUUCUGAUUGAGAGGGGGUCAAAUACUCAUUUCCCUCAUUAAAAUGCAAAUCAAUUUAUAACAUGUGUUUUUCUGGAUUUCUUUUGUUGUUAUUCUGUCUCUCACUGUUCAAAUAAACCUACCAUUAAAAUUAUAGACUGAUAAUUUUUUUGUCAGUGGGCAAACGUACAAAAUCAGCAGGGGAUCAAAUACUUUUUUUCCCUCACUGUACAUAAUGAGAUUAUUAAGGAUAAUAAUAUCUUUAUUUGUCAAAUAGCAGUCAAGCAUCGAUCAUCAUAUCACCAGAAUAAGACCCUCAAUAUUUAUUGGAAAGAAGCAUCAAGAUCACCGUGCACUAUCACCACCCUGUGAAGUUCAUCAUAACUUAUUUUAUCUGCAUCAUAAUAAACUGCAUGGCUUCACACCAUACCCAGCUAGCACAGUGGAUCUGGGCCGAUUCUGGCUGAGAGUUGGGGCACUCAGCUGAGAGUCAGACUUGGCCGACGUCAUGUGGAGUCUGGCCCGCAUUCGGCAGUAUUACUUAUGGCUAGGAUGUGGGGAUUGAGCUCGGGCCGAUUCCACUGUGAGUUAUCUGGCCCAAAUGUAUUACUUGGGGCUCGGGCCGAUUGUGGCUACUCUCUGGCAGAUGAUUACACGGGCUGCUUUAAAUAAUUAACAUUUCAUUAUUUAUUUAUUUUUCCAUAAAAUGGUAGUUCAAAUAGAAUAGAUAUGGAAGACAAACAAAAUUUAGAUUUCAGCUUGAAAGUCAUUUUGAGCGGCCGUAUUCCGUAUGGCUACCAUUUGAGUUUAAACAUCCAUGGUGGAUGUUUAACUGAGGCGCUUGCUAUUCCAACUGUCAGAAACUGUCACUAGAGCUUGACCUUCAAGAUGGUAGGUAUAGACACCUCUUUUGUUAAGAUGGAAACAAAAUAGCCAGCUAAUUAUUGUUAUUUUUGUAUACAUUUAUUUAAAUUUGCAUUGGCCGCUUCUGGGGGGAUUCUGGUAAGAUGCCGGCAAAGUCGGCUGAAUUCCGGUAGACGGAAAGGCAGUCAUUCAUUUUGAUUCUGGGCCAAGUCAAUCAGUUCCGGCCCCUGGAAGAGGGCCACUUCUGGGCCGAUUCCUCAUUGCUAGCUGGGUAUCAACGUGUGACACCAAGUUUACUUCGAUAUUAUGUUUAUUAUAUCAAUAUUUGUGCAUAAAGGAUUUCCACUGCCAUUUCUCGCACAAUUAACACAAAAAGAUCCCAUCAUGUCGAACUAAGAAAUUAUCAUAUGGAUAGUAGUAGAGAGGUCAAAUGUUGAAACUGCUGCACAGACACUAUGGAAGCUCGUCUAGAGCGCCCAGUUAAAUUGUGUUUGAGAGCAUUUUUUUAACUCUCUAAAUGGUUAAAUUAGUGAGAAAUAGAUCACAUUGUUGCAAUAGUUUGUGAGUGGGCAACAUCUACUAUCAUCUUAAAUUGACAUGUUUAAUUAUUUUGCCAUAUUAAAUUAUUAUAAAUUGCGCUAAUUUCCCUAAUGUGGACAGUUUGUGUUACUACCUUACACAAGCUUGCAUUUUCACCCCCAUAAAUUGAUUUUGUCUCACGCUCUGGAAUGCGACUUAUAACCACUUAGAACGCAGAGUUAAUAAAAUGGCACGCGCACAACCUGAUUUCCCCCCCUAAUCGGUAUCAAUGAUUUAUUGACCCUUGUGAAAACAACAGGGUUUUUAGUGCGUGUUUAUUUCAGAAAAUAGAAGUAGUAUGAUUACUAUUGUUGCACAUGUAAGUGUAAAUAAUACAUUUUAUGUUUAGGUUUUCCCUCCCGGCUCCCGUCUGUCUGUCUGUCUGUCUGUCUGUCCCUUCCUGUGCUUGGCUAAUGGAGGUACCUGGCUGUGCUGUUAUUUGUUCCUGUCAGAGCCGGCCCUGCGGGGGCACUGCUUUGCAGAGACUCAUGAUGAAUGCUGCUGCCGCAACAGCUGCCUAUUAUAAAUGCUGUGAACCUUUGGAGGACUCGGGGGAGGAGGGAAAACAGGAGUUAUGCAUGGAAGUGCUACCCUGCGUCAAUAUUGGACAGUUUGCCCGGGCUAAAGGUUGGAGGCUUUCAAGGCCAGCGGGCUGGUAAUACAGGGGCCUGCACUCCCACCAGUCCUGUGUUCAAAUGCUAUUUGAAAUCAUUUCAAAUACUUUAGCUGUGCUUGAUUGAGUUUGCCUGUUGCAAUGGAAAAUAUUUCAAAUAGUAUUUGAACCCAGGUCUGGCUCUGUCUGUUUCGGUAAACGAUUGUGAAAUUGAUAGAACAGCAUAUCAGAGCGAUGAGGGGCAGGAGGUCAAGGAUGCACCGUUACACAACAUGCUUUGUGCCAGGGGUGGCUGGUCCUGGAGAGACAUUCUGUAUAGGCUUUUCUCCACCCCAUCACAAAUAAUCAAUUAACCAACCCAGAAAAUGUUAUUCAAAUAAUCAAUUAACCAACCCAGAACUUCUUAUUCAUAUAAUCAGUUAACCAACCCAGAACAUUGUAUUCAAAUAAUCAAUUAACCAUAUCUCAUUCAUAGAGAUAGGUAUACUAUUAUAUACAUUAUGUUAUAUAGUUUUAUGUAAUUCUAUGGUUGCCUCCCUCCCUCCGCCCCUUUCAUGUGCGUCAGAGGGGGAGAAGAAGCUAAUGAAGGAUCUGUUCUCCAACCACAACCUGAAGGUUCGCCCUGCGGCCUCCCCUCAAGUCAAGGUGGUGGUCCGGGUUGGAAUGAUCCACUUUUCCUUCGUCAGCCUGGUAAGGGGUGCAGGAACACGUGCUGUUGCACAAGGAAUCACACUUUAAAAAUAUUUACAUACUGUUUUACCCACUUCAUUUGUACUGUAUAUACUGUCUUCUAGUCAAGGCUCAUCCUAUAUAAGUACUGCUGUACACACUGUUUCUAUUAAUAUACUGUCCAUACUGUCUAUACACACCAUUUUUAUAUAUAUUUAUAUUCCAGACUAUGACAUUAAUGGUUAUGACAUUUCUUAAUUCCUUUAUUUUUAUUUUGGUGAUUUGUGUGUGUUGUUUUGUAUUGUUAGAUAUUAAUGCACUGUUGGCGCUAGGAACACAAGCAUUUCGCAACACCCACAAUCUGCAAAAUAUGUGUACGCGACCAAUAACAUUGUAUUUUAUUUGACACACACACACACAUACACACCCACACCCUUUUGUAAAUGUGUUUUUUCCAAAUCCUUGAUUGAUUUGGGUGGUCAUAAUCAGAUGUUGUCCUCAUAUACAGUGUGUGUAUAUGAAAUCAUUUCAUAUACACACAUCAACAGAUGACAGUAUCAUCUGUUGAAACCUCUCCUCCUUUUGGCCUCAGUACCCAGACUAGGUCACUCUAUCCUCUGUUUCCUGUUUCUCGGGUUUGAUUACUGACAUUGGGCAACUGACACACACACACACACACACACGCACGCAAGAAAGCACACUUGCACACACACACUUGCACACGCACGCACACAAACACACACACACACACCUCACAAUCCUUCCUUAAUCCUCCAAUCAAGGUCACACACACACCUAACCAUGACGUUACUGGCAACAUUACAUACCAGUUAACUUGACUCCAAAGUGUUCCAGGAAGUGAAUGAGUAAGUGAAAGGGCUAUGACGAUAUCUGGUGAUAGAUAGCGGGAGAGCAACAGGGUUCACCUCUCCUUCCCAUCCCCCUCUCCUCCUUUCCUCUCCUCUUCUCUCUGCUAGGCCUCUCUCUCUCUCUCUCUCUCUCUCCCUCUAUAUAUAUAUAUAUAUAUAUACAGUGGGGAAAAAAAGUAUUUAGUCAGCCACCAAUUGUGCAAGUUCUCCCACUUAAAAAGAUGAGAGAGGCCUGUAAUUUUCAUCAUAGGUACACGUCAACUAUGACAGACAAAUUGAGAAAAAAAAAUCCAGAAAAUCCCAUUGUAGGAUUUUUAAUGAAUUUAUUUGCAAAUUAUGGUGGAAAAUAAGUAUUUGGUCACCUACAAACAAGCAAGAUUUCUGGCUCUCACAGACCUGUAACUUCUUCUUUAAGAGGCUCCUCUGUCCUCCACUCGUUACCUGUAUUAAUGGCACCUGUUUGAACUUGUUAUCAGUAUAAAAGACACCUGUCCACAACCUCAAACAGUCACACUCCAAACUUCACAAUGGCCAAGACCAAAGAGCUGUCAAAGGACACCAAAAACUAAAUUGUAGACCUGCACCAGGCUGGGAAGACUGAAUCUGCAAUAGGUAAGCAGCUUGGUUUGAAGAAAUCAACUGUGGGAGCAAUUAUUAGGAAAUGGAAGACAAACAAGACCACUGAUAAUCUCCCUCGAUCUGGGGCUCCACGCAAGAUCUCACCCCGUUUGGUCAAAAUGAUCACAAGAACGGUGAGCAAAAAUCCCAGAACCACACGGGGGGACCUAGUGAAUGACCUGCAGAGAGCUGGGACCAAAGUAACAAAACCAACCAUCAGUAACACACUACGCCGCCAGGGACUCAAAUCCUGCAGUGCGAGACGUGUCCCCCUGCUUAAGCCAGUACAUGUCCAGGCCCGUCUGAAGUGCAUUUGGAUGAUCCAGAGGAGGAUUGGGAGAAUGUCAUAUGGUCAGAUGAAACCAAAAUAUAACUUUUUGGUAAAAACUCAACUCGUCAUGUUUGGAGGACAAAGAAUGCUGAGUUGCAUCCAAAGAACACCAUACCUACUGUGAAGCAUGGGGUUGGAAACAUCCUGCUUUGGGGCUGUUUUUCUGCAAAGGGACCAGGACGACUGAUCCGUGUAAAGGAAAGAAUGAAUGGGGCCAUGUAUCGUGAGAUUUUGAGUGAAACCCUCCUUCCAUCAGCAAGGGCAUUGAAGAUGAAACGUGGCUGGGUCUUUCAGCAUGACAAUGAUCCCAAACACACCACCCGGGCAACGAAGGAGUGGCUUCGUAAGAAGCAUUUCAAGGUCCUGGAGUGGCCUAGCCAGUCUCCAGAUCUCAACCCCAUAGAAAAUCUUUGGAGGGAGUUGAAAGUCUGUGUUGCCCAGCGACAGCCCCAAAACAUCACUGCUCUAGAGGAGAUCUACAUGGAGGAAUGGGCCAAAAUACCAGCAACAGUGUGUGAAAACCUUGUGAAGACUUACAGAAAACGUUUGACCUGUGUCAUUGCCAACAAAGGGUAUAUAACAAAGUAUUGAGAAACUUUUGUUAUUGACCAAAUACUUAUUUUCCACCAUCAUAUGCCAAUAAAUUCAUAAAAAAUCCUACAAUGUGAUUUUCUGGAUUUUUUUUUCUCAUUUUGUCUGUCAUAGUUGACGUGUACCUAUGAUGAAAAUUACAGGCCUCUCUCAUCUUUUUAAGUGGGAGAACUUGCACAAUUGGUGGCUGACUAAAUACUUUUUUUCCCCACUGUAUAUAUAUAUAUAUAUAUAUAUAUAUAUAUAUAUAUAUAUAUUUAUUAUUCAGUCUACCAUACUGUAGUCUACCUUGACUCAGGCUCCAAGUCAAAUAGCUUUAUUUGCAUGUGAAACAUUCUCCAUGCAUCAGCAGAGCUUUAUAUUGUCAACACACACACACACACACACUAGUGCUGAGCGAUGAGUGUUUAUUUUAGGUUGGUUCAGUUUAGGUUUGAUUAUUUAAAAAUAGUGAUUGUUAUAAAAUAUAUAUAUAUUUAACAUUAAAUGCACUAUUUAUUAUAUGGGUUGAAUGCUGUAACAACACAGAAUAAAACAAUUAAUAAAAGUCUCAUGAUGGUAGUGACUGUCCAUUACUGCUUAUCACUUAUUAACCAUUAUUUAUUCACAUUUACUUUACUUUAAUAAGAUAUUUCAGUUGUUGUGUAUCUUAUGUAUGUUUUAUUUGAUUACUUUAUUAUUUAAUUCCAAGUCAUUCUCUCUAUGGAGCUGCUGCCUAUGCUGUCUGACAAAAUCACUAUUUUAGUAGUUAUUCAAAGUAAAUAAGGUAUACUUUGUCUGCACUGUGAACCAGAAUGAAUACAUAAAAUACAAUUACAAAAUAAAAACACUAGGCCUAUAGGCUAUGCCUACGAUGCGUUGUAGGCUUAUGCCUCUUCAGUAAAUCUGAGCUGAAAAAACAUUUCAGGCUAUUCAUUAAAACAACUAGAGCCUAUUUGCACGUUGUAAUCAAAAUUCUAAUCUUAAUUGGCACAUUUCAAACUGUCAUUUUGUGAAGCGCAGCUGGGAACUAGUUCUGUACAAUGGCGAAUGGUGUGGUCGAUAAACCAGAAUUGGAGGAUCCUCCAUCAUCGUUUAAAUCUCCAGUUAGGGAAGUUUUGGCUUCCCUUACUUACAACAGCGAUGGACAGAGAAUUGUGGAUAAAACAGUAACGUUAACAACAACAAUACAACAUCGUCUCCCUUCUGCAUUCAAGCAACCCUUGGCAGCUGAUUCUGACCUGGACAAAGAAAUUACAAGAGCGAUAGGUAGGCUAUUUUGUUCAUAUUUCUUAGAGUCUAUGGCUUAUAGCCGCGGAUUCGGCCAUUCUCGGUUGUUGAGAAUAGGGGGUUUCAGCACCUCGUGAAAGUGCUCCAGCGACGUUAAGAACCUCCCUCUUUCACCCAUUUCAGCAAACCAAAGCCGAAGUUUUCAUUGAAUUGGCCAAUGCGCCAUGUGUUGCGCUUACUUAACAGUGACAACCCUUCACAUUACCGCGGAGUGUGAGAUGUACGGCGCUACAGACACGCGCCAUUUAUGAGAGUCACAAGUGCGCAUCUGGCACUCAAGGAGGCAGUGUCAUGGUGCGUUCAUAACCAAGUGGGAAGUGGGAUUUUACCACAUACGACUGGGAAAAAUACACUUGAACGGUGAUAAUUACAAGUGGGAAACUCAUAUAUCAUCCUGAGCACCCACUUCUCCCACAUGCUGACCUCUGACGUCACCUACUAAGGAAAUGGCCUCUAUAAUAGAGGUGUGCAGAGUAGUCAGACAAAACGAGUAUCAUAACGGAUAUGGGCCAUUUUCUGGAUACGAUUGUGAUCAGAGUAAAAAAAUAAAGGGAACACUUAAACAACACAAUGUAACUCCAAGUCAAUCACACUUCUGUGAAAUCAAACUGUCCACUUAGGAAGCAACACUGAUUGACAAUACAUUUCACAUGCUGUUGUGCAAAUGGAAUAGACAACAGGUGGAAAUUAUAGACCUGAAUCCAAUUGAGCACAUCUGGGACAUCAUGUCUCGCUCCAUCCACCAACGCCACGUUGCACCACAGACUGUCCAGGAGUUGGCGGAUGCUUUAGUCCAGGUCUGGGAGGAGAUCCCUCAGGAGACCAUCCGCCACCUCAUCAGGAGCAUGCUCAGGCAUUGUAGGGAGGUCAUACAGGCACAUGGAGGCCACACACACUACUGAGCCUCAUUUUGACUUGUUUUAAGGACAUUACAUCAAAGUUGGAUCAGCCUGUAGUGUGGUUUUCCACUUUAAUUUUGAGGGUGACUCCAAAUCCAGACCUCCAUGGGUUGAUACAUUUGAUUUCCAUUGAUAAUUUUUGUGUGAUUUUGUUGUCAGCACAUUCAACUAUGUAAAGAAAAAAGUAUUUAAUAAGAUGAUUUCAUUCAUUCAGAUUUAGGAUGUGUUAGUUUAUUGUUCCCUUUAUUUUUUUGAGCAGUGUAUAUAAUAUCCGUGAUCUGAAAAAAUAAAUACAUUUGGGUGCCAGCACGCAUAUUUCUCAUGUCAGUCAGUCGGUCAGUCAUGUCACGAGGUGCUACGUGGUCUAAAUAACUCAACUGGCUAGUUUGCCUGUCUGCAAAGAGAAGGGCGGGCUGUACGUUUAUCCUGCUGCUCUGAUUGGAUAGAGUGAAGCUGUAUUUCUCUGUCCACUAGCUUCAUAAUUUCACCCGAUCACUUUCACUUCUCUGUUUGGGUCUGAGCAUUCAGACUGUUGCUGCCUCCUGUUAGCCUGCUACUAUGAUCAAUCAAAUGGCAAGGAUGUUUGCUAUCAAUCUAUCAAUGUGAAUAAUAUCUAACAACGGGGCGAGAAUAACGGCUCCUUAUCUACAGCUUGUUUGGUCUAUAGGCAUUUUGCCAACAUUUAUUAAAACAUCUGAGUAUCAUCCGAUCCGACUAUCAGCUCUCAAUUUAUGGAUAGUCUACAACAGCAUUUUCUGCAGUUAAAUGCAACAACAAAACAUUAUAAAAAGCAAUCUAUUAUUGUGAUUUUUGAACUGUAUAAUUUGUUUACAAGCAUGAUAGCUGUACUUUUAGUUUAUAGUUGACACAGCUUGUUGGCCAUUAGCCAAUUGCCAUUUCUCAACAAGUUCAAAUCACAUGAAUGCAUCCAACUGGUAUUUAUGACUGGUAAAUUCCCACCUCCCACAUGGUUACAAACGCAGCAUCAGAAUGGAAACUUGAGAUGCCCAACAUAACAAUCCGGUCACAACAGAUAAUGCCAGGAACUGUGAUCCCAAAAUCGCAAUAUGUACCGAACCGUGAGGUUGGUGAACCAUUACACCACUACUUUUUCAGGUAGAGAUAACUCAUGAUGCAACUGCUCUCUAUCCCUCUCGAUCGCGUGUCUUCUGUCGCUUCUCCCUCUGCCCCACACCAGAAAGGAAGAGGCGAAGCAAGAGGUUUCACUCUCGCCUAAAUCUGUCCAGUGCGGACCUAAGCUUGUUGCCUGCCUUUCCGCCUUUGGGAUAACAACUCCCAUUGUUAGGGCGGAGACAUUAGCAUCUCGUCAUUAUAGAUCUCUGCCCACACAGACCGUACAAGUAGGCACACAAUGGAUUUUGGUCAUUGUAGUUAAUUACCACGUUUUCUGUGCUAAACUAUGUAGAAUAUUGACCUGUUGGAAACUACAACUCCCUACUACAUUGCACAGUUUUGUCUUGAACUGAUUUCUCUCUAGAGCAGUGGUCACCAAACUUUUAACAUUGUUGAAUGUGCUGAAUAACAACUUAAAUAACAACUUAAAUAUGAACUACUCAUAAAAACAGCAGCUCUUUGGUGUAUACGUUGAGUCUCUCUCUAGUCAUGGUUUUAGAAGUUUUGAAAUUUCACAUUAUCAACUUUGCUGUGCGUUCGAGGCUUCUUUUAUGGCUCGAGGAAACUUUGCAGGCACGGUGAUCUGGGCUAUCUGAUUAGCCAGUGGUAGGACUAUAGGGCAGGUGGAGUUCUACCUUCAGACAUGAAAUGGUUCAAAAUGGGAAUACUUUUCCUUCCCGGUGCUAGGGCUGCUAAAUCAAGGGCACCUACUGCCAACAGCAUGAAACAAAUAAAAAAAAUAGGAACCUUUUUUUUUUUACAGAAAUGUUUGAUGACCACUGCUCUAGAGAAACUGCGCAUGGAGCUCACAGAAAAAAAAAAAAAACGAAAUGGGAUUCAUAGAAUUGAACCGACGUCAGUCAAUUGUUCAAAAACCGAAGAAUAACAGAAAUGUCAAACUGCUUAGCACCAACACACACACACAACACCAACACAAAACACAAACACACACACACCCAAAUACAAAUCAUGCAUUCAGUAACACUAAUACACAGUUUAUGCUAAAUGAAAAAUUAUGCAAAUGUUAUUGACAUUAUUCAUCUACAAAUACACUGGGAUAUUGUGCUCCAUAUAGUUAAUGACACUAGCCAGGAAAAUGUGAAAUAAAUUGACCAAAUGAUGAAGUGGUUAGAUUUCUAAUUAGAAAGUUAUCCCCUCCGUCUCUCUCUGUUUCUCCCACUCUCAUAAAUCUUUUUUUUCUUCUGUCUCCCAUAUUUCUCUCAUGAUAUUUCCAUCAGUUUUAAAUCAUUAAAACUCAAACCCAACUCCCAAAACUCACAUGAACACCCAUGGAUAAUACCUCUGUCUGUCUGUCUGUCUGUCUGUCUGUCUGUCUGUCUGUCUGUCUGUCUGUCUGUCUGUCUGUCUGUCUGUCUGUCUGUCUGUCUGUCUGUCUGUCUGUCUGUCUGUCUGUCUGUCUGUCUGUCUGUCUGUCUGUCUGUCUGUCUGUCUGUCUGCCCGCCUGUCUCACACACACACCCACCCCCACACACACACGUCCCUGUGAUAUCAGGAGUGGACAGACCACCGUCUCUCGUGGAACCCUAAAGACCAUGAUGGGAUCGAG